CGCCGGCCGGGCGUCUCAGUGAAGCCUUGGCCGCCAAUGGGGGAGGUGGAGCCCGGGCCCGCGGGCCCGCUGGAGCCCCCGGAGCCACCUGAAGCGGCGGCCACUCGCCGGCCCGGAGGGAUCCGGGUCCUGAAGAGAAAUAUGAAACACAAUGCGAGCAGAAAUUGUUUGAAUAGAAGAAGUAGGUUUGGUUCUCGAGAAAGAGACUGGCUUCGAGAAGAUGUGAAGAGAGGCUGUGUUUACCUUUAUGGAGCAGACACAACCACUGCCACUACAACCACUACCACCUCCUCCUCCUCUGCGUCCUCCACCUCUUCUGACUUACAUCUUGUCCUUUGUACAGUAGAGACACCAGCAUCAGAAAUAUGUGCUGGAGAGGGAAGAGAAAGUCUCUAUCUACAGCUUCAUGGAGACCUGGUCAGGAGACUGGAACCCACUGAGCGGCCUCUUCAGAUUGUUUACGAUUAUUUAGCCAGGCUCGGAUUUGAAGAUCCCGUGCGCAUACAGGAGGAGGCUACGAACCCUGACCUCAGCUGUAUGAUUCGAUUUUAUGGUGAAAAACCAUGCCAGAUGGAUCAUCUGGAUCGAAUCCUACUGUCUGGCAUCUACAAUGUACGAAAAGGAAAAACCCAGCUGCACAAAUGGGCUGAACGCCUAGUUGUUCUGUGUGGUACCUGCCUUAUUGUUUCCUCAGUGAAGGAUUGUCAAACUGGAAAGAUGCACAUUUUGCCUCUGGUUGGGGGAAAGAUAGAAGAAGUGAAGCGCCGGCAACACUCCCUUGCUUUCAGCUCAGCUGGAGCCCAAGCCCAGACCUAUCAUGUCAGCUUUGAGACUUUGGCUGAGUACCAGAGAUGGCAACGACAGGCAUCUAAGGUAGUGUCCCAGCGGAUCAGCACUGUGGACCUCUCAUGUUACAGCCUUGAGGAGGUUCCUGAGCAUCUCUUCUAUAGUCAAGAUAUCACCUACCUCAACCUGCGACACAACUUCAUGCAAUUAGAAAGACCAGGAGGCCUUGAUACACUCUACAAAUUUUCUCAACUGAAGGGCCUAAACUUGUCCCAUAAUAAGCUUGGAGUGUUUCCUGUGUUGCUGUGUGAGAUUUCUACCCUGACUGAACUCAACCUUUCAUGUAAUGGAUUUCAUGACUUGCCAAGUCAGAUUGGCAAUCUGCUAAAUCUUCAGACCCUCUGCCUCGAUGGCAACCUUCUCACCACUCUACCCGAUGAAUUGGGAAACCUGCAGCAGCUUACUUCUCUGGGAAUUUCCUUCAACAAUUUUAGUCAAAUUCCUGAGGUUUUGGAGAAACUCACCAUGUUAGAUAAAGUGGUUAUGGCAGGAAACUGUUUGGAAGUCUUAAACCUAGGGGUGCUGACCAGGAUGAGCCAUGUUAAGCAUGUGGAUCUAAGGAUGAACCAGUUGAAAACGGUGAUUAUUGAAAAUCUGGAGGGAAAUAAACACAUCACUCACAUGGAUUUGCGGGACAAUCAGUUGACUGAUUUGGACCUUAGCUCCUUAUGUGGCUUGGAGCAGCUGCACUGUGAGCGGAACCAGCUGAGGGAGCUGGCACUCAGUGGCUUCUCCCUUCGAACCCUCUACGCCAAUUGGAACAGGCUGACAGCAGUGAAUGUCUACCCAGUACCCAGCCUGCUCACUUCUUUGGAACUCUCCCGAAACCUGCUAGAGUGUGUCCCUGACUGGGCCUGUGAAGCAAAAAAGCUAGAAAUACUAGAUAUGAGCUACAAUCUUCUUACAGAGGUUCCUGUGAGAAUUCUGAGUAGUCUGACUCUUCGGAAAUUGAUGUUGGGACACAACCACAUCCAUGUCCUUCCAGUACUGGUGGAGCACAUUCCCCUCGAGGUGCUGGACAUCCAGCAUAACACUCUCUCCAGGCUGCCAGACACUCUCUUCUCUAAGGCCUUAAAUCUUAGAUACUUGAAUGCGUCUGCAAAUAAUCUGGAAUCUUUGCCUUCUGCGUGUGCUGGAGAGGAGAGUCUGAGUGUGCUGCAGCUGCUGUACCUGACCAACAACCUCCUAACGGAUCAGUGCAUACCUGUUUUGGUUGGGCACCCACACCUGCGAAUUCUCCACCUUGCCAACAACCAGCUGCAGACCUUUCCUGCAAGCAAACUAAAUAAAUUGGAGCAACUGGAAGAACUGAAUCUAAGUGGAAACAAGCUUAAAGCCAUUCCCACAACAAUAGCAAACUGCAAAAGGCUGCACACUCUUGUCGCACAUGCCAACAACAUCAGCAUUUUCCCAGAGAUACUGCAGCUGCCUCAGAUUCAGUUUGUAGACCUGAGUUGCAACGACUUGACAGAAAUACUAAUUCCAGAGGCUCUGCCUGCUACUUUACAAGAUCUUGAUCUGACAGGAAAUACAAAUCUGGUUCUGGAACACAAGACUUUGGACAUGUUUAGCCAUAUCACAACCCUGAAAAUUGAUCAGAAACCUUUGCCAACCACAGAUUCUACACUUACAUCAACCUUCUGGAGCCAUGGGCUGGCUGAGAUGGCAGGGCAGAGAAAUAAACUCUGUGUGUCUGCCCUGGCUAUGGAUAACUUUGCAGAGGGGGUGGGAGCUGUGUACGGAAUGUUUGAUGGGGACCGGAAUGAGGAGCUCCCUCGUCUGCUGCAGUGUACGAUGGCAGAUGUACUUUUGGAAGAAGUCCAGCACUCAACAAAUGACACAAUUUUCAUGGCCAAUACCUUCUUGGUAUCUCACAGGAAAUUAGGAAUGGCUGGCCAGAAGCUGGGGUCCUCUGCUCUCCUAUGCUACAUUCGACCUGACACUGCUGACCCAACAAGUAGUUUUAGCUUGACUGUAGCCAACGUUGGCACGUGCCAAGCAGUCCUGUGCCGAGGUGGGAAGCCAGUACCCCUUUCUAAAGUCUUCAGCCUGGAGCAUGACCCCGAGGAGGCGCAGAGGGUGAAGGGUCAGAAAGCCAUAAUAACAGAGGACAACAAGGUGAAUGGUGUAACCUGCUGUACCCGAAUGCUGGGCUGUACAUACCUCUAUCCGUGGAUCCUCCCCAAACCCCACAUAUCUUCCACUCCACUUACCAUUCAAGAUGAAUUGCUCAUUUUGGGAAACAAAACACUGUGGGAACACUUGUCAUACCUAGAAGCUGUCAAUGCCGUGCGUCAUGUACAAGACCCAUUAGCCGCUGCUAAGAAGCUGUGCACAUUAGCACAGAGCUAUGGUUGUCAGGACAAUGUGGGGGCAAUGGUGGUUUAUUUGAACAUUGGUGAGGAAGGCUGUACCUGUGAAAUGAAUGGGCUCACUCUUCCAGGCCCUGUGGGAUUUGCUUCAACUUCCACCAUCAAGGAUGCCCCCAAGCCAACCACACCUUCCUCUAGUAGUGGGAUUGCCUCAGAGUUCAGCAGUGAGAUGUCCACCUCAGAGGUGAGCAGUGAAGUAGGCUCCACUGCUUCUGAUGAGCAUAACGCUGUGGGUCUGGAGGCCAGCUUGCUUCCAAGGCCAGAAAGGCGCUGUAGUCUGCACCCAACACCCACUUCAGGAGUUUUCCAGCGACAGCCUUCUUGUGCUACUUUCUCUAGCAACCAGUCUGACAAUGGACUGGACAGCGAUGAUGACCAGCCUGUUGAAGGAGUCAUAAGCAAUGGCAGCAGGGUCGAAGUAGAGGUAGAUAUCCACUGCUGCCGAGGAAGAGGGCCUGAGAGCUCCCCUACUCUCCCAAAGAACUCUUCCACCCCUUGCUCAGAGGAACAUGCUAGAGGAUUGUUUUUUGGGAUCCGAAGACAGAACAGUGUGAAUAGUGGUAUACUUCUGCCAGUGAACAAAGACAAGAUGGAGUUACAAAAGUCUCCCUCCACUUCCUGUCUAUAUGGAAAGAAACUCUCCAAUGGCUCUAUUGUGCCACUAGAAGACAGCCUGAACCUCAUUGAGGUGGCCACAGAAGCACCCAAAAGGAAAACUGGCUAUUUUGCUGCCCCCACUCAGCUGGAACCAGAGGAUCAGUUUGUUGUUCCUCGUGACCUGGAAGAAGAAGUGAAGGAGCAGAUGAAGCAGCACCAGGAGAGCAGGCCUGAGCCCGAACCCAGUGAAGAGGACCAGACCGAGCCCCUGGAGGAAUUUGAUACAGCACUGUGAUUCUGCCCCAAGUGGGCACAGCAUAAGGGAGGGCUAUGUCAUUUUGGGGACGGGAACUUCAGGAGAUAUUUGCCUCAGUGUUUCUAACUGUAGAUGUGUGGAGUAGUAUUUGGAGCCAAAAAGUUGAGCACUAUCAGGGUCUGGCUCUAGGUGAGCUAGUACCGUUAUCAGUGUUAAGCUUUGAAUUGAACCUUCAUUGGACUCCCAGAGUUGCUGGGAGGGAGCAAAUGUUAUUCUGUGUCAGUCCUGCCACCUGCCAUUAACCCUUUCUCUCCUAGGAUCAUUUGAGAAUUUGCCUGCCUGGGCAGGAAAGGGACUAUUUCUGUGGAGGAAGUAACUGAAGGUUGAUUCCCUUUACUAAUUGCUGCUGAUGGAUUUCUGUGACAAGAGAAAUCACCUUAUCUCUCAGACUAACUAGUGGGGUGUGAUGUGACUAGUCACAUGGCUUUUUAUUCUCUACGAGAAUACAGCCUAUCAAAUGAUGUAUAUUGGAGAUGCAGAACCAAUCAGGCAGGUAAUUUAUGUAUGUAAUGUUAUGUAACGAGAGCACUUUUCAUUGACUGUGAACCUUUUAUUUUUGAAUCUGCACUCGAGCCAAUCUUCUUAGAGGCAGCCCAGCUCCUUUGUCCAUAGGUAGAGCUAACUGAGCAUCGGAGCCUCUUUUAAGGGUACUUGGAAAGGUCCUGGAAAUUGAUCUGUUGGAUAUCAGACUAUGAAAGCUCCUGAGAACCUUCGGGUGGGAGGAUUUUAUUCUGUGGAGGAAAAUGGGGAAGGAGUGAAAACUAAGACUUCUUUCCCCAAGUCAAAAAGAGACUCUGUCCUUGAUAAGCUGACUCUACUAGGAACUAGGAUCACAAGGCAGGUACUUGUGGAUUGGCUUCUUUUCCUACAUGUGGUAGAGUUGGCAGGCAGCCUCUUGACAGGCAGGCUGACACCCUGAAUUAUAGCAGGUGAGUGCAACAGGAACAUAUGGGCAGACAUAUCUUACAAGUUAGACUUGUUCCCUCCAUCUCUUCCUCUCCCUUCCUCCUUCCUCCCCCCACUUCCUCUAUUUUCUCAAGAGCAGGAUAUUUUCCUAGAAUGUUGGUAGUGAGUUGAAUGCUAACCCUGUAGUGUUUGACACUGUGUCCUUCUGAAAACUGCUGAUUCUCCUGACAUGGUUCAAAGAACUGGGCUCAACACCAGGGUAAGAGAGACUAUUCAACUGAGAAACUGAAAUUAUAGAAAUUACAGAAAACCUGUAAUUUCUUUUCACAUUCCACAUAACCCUAGCAAAUUAUAGCUUCUUGUAUAUUUCUGUUGCUUUUUCCACUAGAUUUACUUAGGAAACUAAUUCUUAUUUAUUGAUACAAAUUUUGGCAUUGCUUGAUUUUUUACUCAGUGGAAAAUGUGCUUUUAAAGUUUUAGAAUAUUGCACAACUAAAACAAAUAGAUUGGAACCAUUUUUAAUUUGCUUUAUAGAAACAAAUUGUUAAAUAUAAGAUUGAAAGUGUGUAUUUUUUUUCCUUUGUGUUUGAGGAGGAAGUUUUUGUUUUUUAAAGCAAUACUAAAAACCAGAUUCUGUCUUCAGAGGCCCCAUGCUCAUGUGCACGUCAGUGGGAUACACUGGGAGUGGGGGCGGGGGGAGAAUGCUAUAUCACUCCAUUAGCUGCCUAAUGUUCAGCCCUCAAGAAUUUGAAGUUGAGCCCCCAAGUCAUCAUCAGGAACACUUUUCUUCUGCCAAACUACUGUCAGUUACUGGAAAAUGUUAGAACUCAGGUCUGUGAUUUGAGGUGGAGACAUAGUAGCUUAUACAGAGUUUAGGUGUGUUAGAUGAGAAAUUGUGUUGCCACCUUAUUUUUCCACCUUAUUUUUAUACAGGGAAAAAUGAAAAGAAAAAGAAAAAGUGAGAAUGAAGGAAAAAUACAAGGUGCCAAUGAUGUAGGGCAGCCUCCUCCUCAGCAGAACCUUUGACCUGUAGAAAGGUGUGAUGUCGAGAAAUGAGUUAUUUUGGAAAAAAAAAAAUGGCACUUCAGUAGUAUAGUCCUAGAAAGAUUAUCUUUUUCUAUGUGAACUGUUUUCUUAUCCUCUGUUUGUUUACCACUCAUCCUCUAAAGUCACCUCAAAAUUCAGUUUGAAAUGACCUUGACAAAAGUAAACAUACUUACCUUUUGUUAGUGGAACUCUGGGGUUCCAGUAUCCUUUGUGGUAGAGUUUUCAGGAUUCCUUAGGUUGUGUUGAAAAACCUCAAUGUAGGCCAAACCAAAACUAUUGGUUCUGUUUUAGUAAUUGCCUCAUGUCCUGUCAUUACUCUGUAUCAAAAAACAGAGGGUUAAAAGGCCAUAGCCCAUUUCCUAAAAUAUAAUGCACACUUCUUGUAGAUGUGAGGUGACUUUGCUGAUGUUGUUAUCUGAACAGGCUGUCAGGUGAGUAUGAUCCCUUCCCUUUACCCAGAGGGUGUGUUCUCUAGGUAGCCAGAGUACAGGUUACUUCUCACACAGAGAACCUACCCCUCUGUAUGAUUCUUGAGACUCUGCCUACAUCUCCCAUUUCAUUAAUUUAAAAGAAUUUCUGAGGCCAGGUGAAUCCUCACUUGGGAGGUAGAAGCAGGAGGGUCAGGAAUUCAAGGUCAUUCUGGCUAUAGAGAGAGUUCAAAUCCAGUCUGGUAUACAUGAGUCCCUGCCUCAAAAACAAGAGCUCCUAAAGAACACUCUGGGCUGUAGGUGCCGUUCUGGAGGAGGCUCGCUGACAAAGAAGAAUGUCUGUGGCCCCCAGCCAAGGUUUUAACCCAGUGGACAGAUAUUGAAAAUUCCAGUGUUGAUAGGAAAUAAAGUUCUGGUGCCGCUAUGGAGUUCAGUCAUUGAACAUACCACUCCUGACACAAGCAAGGCUUGAUCAUACUACUGUGGAGUAUACAUGUGCAAUAAUCAGUGAACUCAUUUCCCUGGUGUACAGAGAGCCACCUGAGCAGCUUGUAAUCUCUGGGUGCUAUUACAAGUGCGUGUAAUGAGUACUGUUUUCUAGGUGAUUAGAUUGGGCUGAUCUUCUGAAUAUCAAACAGUGCUCUUCUUUCUGUGUAGACUUUCAGCAAAAGCAGGUACUUGGAAACCACAGGCUCACCUUCUCUAUCUAUUCAAUAAUUAUUAAUGAAGAGACCUCCAUAAGGGAGCACUUGGCUGUUACCGAUAAAUAGACCAAUUACUAAAGAAUCUGUCUCCAAGCCAUCCGGUGAUGUCUGCAGCAUCACUGUAGAACUGUCUUGUGUCACUUUUUACUUCCCUCUGGGUGGAGCCUUUCGGACUCCCCAAGGCUAAUCAUUGUCUCCAGGUAGGGACUUUGCCCUGUGCUUGGGUAAGCACUCCCUAGACCGAGAGAAGCAGCGACAUUACAUCUGCUCUGUUCCUUCAUUUGGUGGUCAGCCAAUGCCAAUCAGCGUUAGCUCCUUGUAUCUAAAUCUCACGCACCUCUCCCAGAUGCUAAGGGGUUUUUCUCACUGUUGCCAGUGGAUGUCAUCCAAACAGUGGGCUCAUAUCUUAUGGUUUUUGUGCAAUCAUUGUCGUAUUGUAGUCCUAAAACUCAUUAUAGUGUAUUUUUGAUAUUUUUGAAAUGUGUUAAAUUUUUUAAUUCAAUAAUAUGAGCCAGAGCAUGUUGCAGCAAAUCUAUUGUUUGUAAAAAAUAAUAAUAAUAACAAUAAAUAAAAUAAAAUAGAAUAUCUUU